AUGUCUAAAUUUACAAGAAAUCUUAUUAAAGAUUUGGCCGAGCUUUUAGAAAACUCGGACGAAUAUAAUAUUACUAUCACCGCAGGCGAAAAUGAAAACGCAAAAAAGUUUCAAGGGCACUCUCUCAUUCUGCGCGCACGUUGUCCGUAUUUUCGUCGUACGUUAUCAAAAGACUGGGCAAAGAAAGAAGGUGAAAUGAUGGUUUUUAAAAAGCCGAACAUUUCGCCUAUAGUAUUCAAGCUUAUACUAAAAUAUUUAUUUACUAGCGAAAUUGAUCUCAAUGAAGAAAGCGGAGACGAUGUUUUGAAUUUACUCGUUGCCGCAGAUGAACUAGAAAUUCAUGAAUUAAUUCAUCACGCGCAAGACAAUUUAAUUUCAAAGAAGUUUACCUGGAUUCAACAAAAUCUCGUAAAGAUUAUGCAUACCGUUUCGCUUCAUGAAUUAUUUGAAAGAUUAUCUGAACAUUCUAAUAAAAUAAUCAACGAAGAACCUCAUCUAAUUUUAAAAGCUAGUGAUUUUUUAUCUCUGAAAGAAUCAGUACUUGUGUCUUUGCUCAAGCGCGAUGAGCUAGCCAUGGAUGAAAUUGAAAUCUGGAAUUCCAUGAUCAAAUGGGGUACAGGCAAUACUUUAAAUUUAGGCAAUCAACCUGUAUCAAAAUGGACGCCUCAAAAUUUCGCCGCUUUAGAAAAAACGCUUCAUCAAUGCAUUCCAUUGAUCAGAUACAGUGAUAUCUCAAGCAAUGAUUACUUUAAAAAAGUAAUGCCUUAUCGGAAAAUUAUCCCGAAGGACAUGAAAACGGAAAUUUUGGGUUAUCAUUUUACAAAUUCGAAUCCACAACCUAUCAAAAUUUUACCUCCGCGAUCAGGCUCAAUUAAUUCUAAAAUUAUUAAGUUUAAACACACCAAUUUGAUUUCCUCUUGGAUUGAUAAUAUAGCGAUAGGUAACAUCAAUUAUUCUGAGAGUGUUACCGAAAAGGUUAUCGAAAGUUUUGAAGAGACAAAUAUAGAAACAGUGGAAGAACACAUUCAUGCUGACUAUACUCUUUACAAGGGAGAUAAAUCUAACGAAUCUCACAAAUCGCUAUAUGAAUUCAAACUCCUUUAUCGCGGUAGCCGCAAUGAUUUUGAAGCAAAAAAAUUCCGUGAGCUUUGUGGUUCUCAAACAGGAACCGUGGUAGUCGUGAGAACAAACAAAAGUGGAAAAAUUAUUGGCGGCUACAAUCCUGGCGAUUGGGGUGGAAAUGUUAUUAGUAGAAAUGUUGAUAGUAAAAAGGCUAUUAGGGGUAGAAAUGUUAAUAAUUACUAUAAUGGAUAUGGUGGUGUUAGUUAUCUUAAUGCACCUGGUACAUUUAUCUUUUCCUUAGGUGAUGGAAGUGAUCUUCAAAGUGCAAAAAUUUCACGCAACAACUGGGGAAAUCAAAUUGCAUACAAUCCUUAUCAGGCUGAUUCUGGUCCCUAUUUUUAUAAUGAUUUAUAUAUCAGCGACAACUGUAAUAAAAAUGAGUCGAGCUGGUAUCAAUAUUGUAGCUAUGGAACUCAAGAUUUAUGGGAUGAAGCUUAUGCAGGGCUAAGAUAUAUCUUUAAAGUAGAUGAGUAUGAAGUAUUUCAAAUUUCAAAAAAACAUCACGUUAAGUAA